UGUCUGGCCGUGAUGGCUGACGAGGAGAGUCGGCCGCUGCUGGACGGGCAGGCUAGAUCCUCUUUGCCAGGCCCAUCCUCAGGCACCGCCCCUCGUCCCGACCAACCUCACCGAUCCUUUGAACUAUCAUCCGAAUCAACACCCCUACUCCAUCGUCGCGACGAUGACAUUACUACAUAUGGUACAGAGCGAAGAUUAUCCGAGUCAGCGUUGGCGGAUGAUGAUGACGAUGCACCCAAGAAGCGGAGCCGAGUGCGGUGGCCAAUUGUGAUAUCUCUCGUGGCACUGACUACCGCUGUCUUGGGGAUCCUGAUUUUUGCCUUUGCUGCACCGGCGGUGGUUAAGGAAUACGCUCAAGAAGCAGCAGUCUUCAAACCAACUGCACUAUCGAUCGAUUCCACAACGGAAGAUGGCGUGCGAGCCCGAGUCCAGGGCGAUUUUGUCAUGGAUGCUCGUCGUGUGAAGGCCAAGCCGAUGCGCGACUUUGGGCGCUUCAUCACCUGGAUCGCCCGAGAGGUCGAGACGGGCGAGUCAAGUGUUGAUGUGUAUUUGCCCGAGUAUGGAAAUAUCCUCGUGGGAAAUGCCAACUUACCAUCUAUUAAAGUCAACAUUCGCGAUGGGCAUCAGACCCAUGUUGAUUUUCUGAUCAACUUGACUGCAGGAGACGUCAAGGGCCUGCAUUCAAUUGCUAGAGAUUGGGUAGAAGGAAGGUUAGCGCGCCUGAGUGUGCGAGGAAAGGCAACCCUGCAUUUGAGAUCAGGCAUCUUAGGCCUUGGUACCCAGACCUUGACGGAUACCAUCACAUUCGAAGAAAGUGAUUUCCCUGCGCUUCCAAAGAUUGACAUCACCAAGCUCAACGUACAUGAUGCCGCAGAAGGAGCCUUGAUAGUGGACGUUCAAGUGUCGGCAGGCAUUGAUUCCCCUGUUGCUCUCACAAUUCCCGCACUUGAAUUUGCGGUAUUUGUCCCAAAUUGCUCGCCUGGUGACCCUUAUAUUCUGGUUGCCGAUGCCAAAACGGCUGAAGUCCAAGUCCGUUCGGACGCACCAACCAUAAUCAAUGCUCAAGGCUUCAUCAAUCAACUACCUGACGAAUUGACCACCACGUGUCCGGGAGGAAACGGCUCACCAUUGGACUUUUUGGUAUCGAACUACGUCCAAGGUCUUCAGUCCACUAUUUAUGUCCGUGGUGCAGAUUCACCAUCGACCGAAACCCCAGAAUGGAUUGCGGAUCUCCUACGCAGUGUUACCGUGCCGCUGCCAUUCGCAGGCAAUCCUUUGGAUGAUUUGAUGAAGAACUUCACCAUGACUGAUACGCAUUUCUCGCUUCCCAAUCCAUUUGCAGAGCCGGGAUCCCCAGACUCCCAGCCUACUGUAUCUGCCCUGGUGAAGGUACUCAUCGGGUUGCCGGAUCAGAUGAAUGUUCAAGUCGAGGUCCCGAACAUUCGAGCUCUCACGAACGUAUACUACCAUGGCGAGGAAUUAGGCGUCUUGAACAUUGACAAAUGGCAAGACUCCAACUCGACGAGGGUGGAGCUCGAGGAUGGCUCCUCAGCACUGCUUGUGGAGUUCCCCAUCAAGGACGCCCCAUUACACGUAACGGACAACGAUCUGUUGGCAGAAGUCGUCCAAGAGAUGCUUUUCGGUAGCAAGGGAGUCGUCUUGCAUGUUGCUGCCACCGUAGACGUGAAGGUUUCGACAGGGUUGGGUCGCUUCGCCGUGCACGGGAUUCCCGGGGAAGGGAACGUGCCCGUCAACAUUCCGGCUGGAAAAUCGAUCAGCCACCUCAAUCCUACCAUCGUGUCCAUGCAGCUGGGUGACACUACGGAAACUUCUAUGGACGUAUCCGUUCUCAUGAACUUUACAAACCCAACAAAUUACUCUGCAACCAUUCCGUUUUUCGAUGUUGAGAUGCUAUUCAACAACACGGCCGUAGGCCAUGUUUUUGCCCGCAAUCUAUCAGUAGUCCCUGGGAACAAUACCAACGUCUCGAUUCAGAUGUCAUGGGACCCAUUCAAUAACGGCGGCCACGCUGGCGUAGAAGCUGGGCGGAAGUUCGUUUCUUCUUAUAUUUCAGGAGCAAACACAACUGUGACAAUUAAGACACACGAGAGGACUUUCCCUACUCUCCCAGACCUUGGCAAAGCUCUUUCGGUACUGCCAUUGGACGUUCCCGUCCCUCAUAUGUCGAUACCUCGAGCACCGGGUGAUGAGGAUGAUAAGCCUCCUCGUUUCAUACAAGAAGCAACGCUCCACGUCUUUUCUUCAACAGUUGAGUUCACCAUGUUCUCCCCUACGGUCGAGACUAGUAUCACAGUCACCUCAAUUGAUGCGACAUCAUAUUACGAAGACGAACCAUUAGGCCGCAUCAAUUACCACCAACCAUUUGAUGUCCCGCCAGGUAUUUCCCACUCGCCUCGGUUACCAGUGGAUCUUGACUUGGGCGGCGUGGGCUAUGACGCCUUGCGUAAGGCUAUCGGGCAAGAGUUGGAGUUGGAUGCCAUGGCUAAGGUUGGUGUGCGGGUUAAAAAUUACGCUGAUAUCAUUCACUACCAUGGGAAUGGGAUUGUAGCCAAAGUAAGGAUAUGA